AUGUCUGAGCAACCUUCAUUCCCAUGGGCUUCACAGAUGAUUGAAAUCAAGGCAAGAAAUGGACAAUGGUCUGUCCAUGUUUACGAGCCUUUAAUCAAGCACCGUUGGCAAUUCUAUGCCCGCGAAAAAGCACAGGCUCUUCAGAAGCUUCAGAUGCUUCCACAUAACACAAUUCAAGCAAUUCUUGAGCACCUUUACGCAAAUACCCCAGUCGCCAGAACAAAUCUUCCAGCUUUCAAGACAUGCAAAGUUGUUGACUCAAUUCCUUUCGAAUCAACAUAUCAUCGCGAUAUGAUGCAACUCCUCGAUGAUGAAUCAUCAUGGGACUUUGCUUUAAUUCCACGUGAUUCCGAAGAUCGCGUCAACGUUCAUCGUUUCAUGCUCUAUGCUCGUUCCGGCUUCUUCCGCUCACAGUUUGAAACUAACUCAACAAUGCUUCAGUUCCGUGAUCCAAAUAUGUGCAAGGCAGCUCUUGAAAUGUUCGCUGGCUAUAUCUAUACUGGCAGACUCGACCCAACAGAUGCUGUUGCUCUUGUCGAUCUCUUCGGAGCUGGCAAGAACUAUCAGCUUCGCGAUCCUCUCGAAAUUGAUUUCCUUGCUAUGAACAACCUUCAGAAGCUCUUAACACCACAAAAUGCCGCUGAAGUUAAGGCUCGCGCUGAAGAAAGAAAGCUCCAGGAAGUUAUCAAUCUUGUCCAGGACUACUAUCCUUGCUAA